GCCGGAGCUGUCAUAGGCCUCGCGUUCCCCUGAGCGAGCCAAGUGGGGUGUCAUGGCCGCGGGGGGCAGCGGCUGCACUUCCUCUACUGGCAGCGGCGGCCGGGGAGUUAGUCCUCGACGCACGGGUCCCGUUUCCCUCUGUGCGGCGGCCGGCGGGACCAUAAGGGCUUAACUCAUAUAUUUAACCCCCCUCCAAAAAGAUUUGAAAGUAUUCUUGAAGGGCUGUUUGGACCUGCAUUAUUAAAAGAUCUCAGUUUAUUUAAAGAGUGUGAACCUGAAAGCAUUUCUGAUUGGACUUUUGAUGAAAAUUGUCUGUUCUGUUGUUUGAGAAGAGAUAAAGUAAAGGGACACUUAGUCGGUCUGGAUGAACCAGCUUUGGGAGCUGGGCAAGAAGCUUUGCUUAAACAAGAGCACGCAAAAGUCAUUCGAUUCGAGAGGCAAGCAGAAGAGUUCCUCCAUGCAGUCUUUUAUAGAAAAGAUAGUCCCUGGGUCUCCGACCCCAAUAUUCCCCUAGUGGCCCGUGAGAUCAUGCAGCGAAUGAUCCAACAAUUUGCUGCUGAAUAUACCUCAAAAAAUAGCUCUACUCAGGACCCCAGCCAGCCCAAUAGCACAAAGAACCAAAGCCUGCCGAAAGCAUCUCCAGUCACCACUUCUCCCACGGCUGCAACUACACAGAACCCUGUGCUCAGCAAACUUCUCAUGGCUGACCAAGACUCACCUCUGGACCUUACUGUCAGAAAGUCUCAGUCAGAACCUAGCGAACAAGACGGUGUACUUGAUUUAUCCACUAAGAAAAGUCCAUGCGUUAGCAGCACUUCCCUGAGCCAUUCACCAGGCUGCUCCAGUACUCAAGGGAACGGUGAGAACUCAGCAGAGGCACUAGCAGUAGAUUCUAACAAUCAGACGAAAUCCCCACUGGAGAAGUUUAUGGUCAAACUGUGCACUCAUCAUCAGAAGCAAUUCAUUCGAGUCCUGAGCGACCUAUACACUGAGUCUCAGCCAGAUACUGAAGACCUGCAGCCUUUGGAGUCCACAGCAAUGGAUGACUCUACUUGCAGUGCCGGCUGUGCCCAGCUGAGCAGCAGACAAAGGGAAAAAGAUACUGUGUGUGUCCAUGAGAAAUCCCCUACUUCUGUACAUUUGUUCCUAGACUCUUCGGGCUCUGAUAGCUCUCUGCAUGUGACUGAACAGACCCUGAAAGAGUCACCUCUUGAGACAGACUCUGUAGACGAAAGAGAGAAUAUCUUGACCAUUGUCCAGAAAGAUUCCUCUGAACUUCCAGCCACUCACCCUCAUUCUGGCAGUUCAGUAGAUAGCUCCAAUGUGGGAUACCUCACUGCAUCAAAUUCUUCCUUGUUGAACUUCCACUACAGCUCUAAAAGCUUAGAGGGGCAAACCACUGGACAGGAGCAAGACACAAAUGUGAAAGCCUGUGAGGGCAGUAAAGACCAUGCUUCAGCCUUUGGAGAAAGUUUAACUGCAGUAAAAAUGGCCGCUGACAAUGCUGAGGGCGACAGCUGUAUUGUUUCUCAAAGAAAUUCAUUCAGAGCUUUAUCAGAAGAGAGGCGGGAUUCAGGGUUUAUGGGAAACUCACCUAGUACUGCAGACAAAGAGAAUGCUUUACAGUGUAGCUCAAAAACACCUUUGCACCAGGAUUUAGAGGCAAAUGAACAAGAUGCAAGGCCAAAGCAAGAGAACUGUCUUUACUCACUAGGAAGAAAUAAGGUGGGUUACCAGUCACACCCCAGUGACAAGGGCCAGUUUGAUCAUUCCAAAGAUAGUUGGUUAGCUCCCAGCCCCUUGCCAGCUAUACACAGAGCAUCUAAUGGACACUCACGAACCAAGAUGAUACCAACUUCCAUCAAGACUGCUAGAAAAAGUAAGAGGGCCUCAGGGUUGAGGAUAAAUGAUUAUGAUAACCAGUGUGAUGUUGUUUAUAUCAGUCAACCAAUAACAGAGUGCCACUUUGAGAAUCAAAGAUCUAUAUUGUCUUCUCGGAAAACAGCCCGAAAGAGUACUCGAGGAUACUUUUUCAACGGUGAUUGUUGUGAACUGCCAACUGUCCGCACACUGGCCAGAAAUUUACACUCCCAGGAAAAAGGGACCUGCUCACCACUGGCAUCAGAGGCAGUGGUGACUCCCAGGCAGACCCUGAUGGUUCCCACCUCAAAGCAUAUAGAAGAUGUGCAGCUUCCCACAGUAGACAGGCAGCACCCAGAAGAAGAUACUGAAGAGCCUAGGAAGGAGAAACCCUCCCUUGAGGAAGGAGGAGAGGACACAACAUCAGCAAAAGAGCAGCAAGAGCCAGAGAUUUGCCCCACCAUGAGCGAACCUGAUCCUAGCAGCUCUCCUAGGGCAGCAGAGAAAACAGCUUCUAGUGUGGUGUAUCCUCUACCUGCUCCCCUCCCUGAUGAGCAUGUGCCAGACAUACUGGAAGGCAACACUGCUGUUUCAACUCCCACAGCAGGUGCUCUGUCUUCUCCUGAGCAAGACCAACCACCAGCUGCCCUGCCUGGUACAGAGGAAAUUCAGGCACUCCAGGAGUGCUUCCUGGCUCCCACCACUGAAGGCAUCUCUGGGGAAAGCAGUAAAGAUCUCUUCCAUAUGUCUUCUCCUGAAAUAAUCAUCAAAGAAGACAGUUCUCUGUGCUCCGACAAUGAAAGCCCUAAUGUGGGCCUAGAUCCUCUCAUGGGUCUUGAAAAGGCUGAGCAUGACCAAAGGAUCAGUAUUGAGGCUGGGUCUGAAGACACCCCCGAGGAGGCACUGGUGGUAGAUGCCACCCCGCCCCUGCUGGAAAGUAGCACCUUCACUGAUGAGAACCCCAGUGAGGCUGAGGGAGGCAAGGCAACAGGUGGUGUAGGACAACCAGAGAUAGAAGACAGUGAUGUAAAGUGCUCUUCAGAAAAUGAUGUGUGUGAACUGAACAUUGACUCACCCGAAGAGAAUGCAGACAAGAAGAAAAAAGGCAAAAAACUCCCUGAGGCCUCUGAUAGGUGCCUAAGAAGUCAGCUUUCAGAGUCAACCUCUACUUGUCCUGAAGUCAAGGUUUCUAAAAAUCCUGGUGCAAAGCGCUCUAAAAAGGAAGGGCUCCCUGGUGGAGCAGCACCUGAGGGCUCUGUGAUUGACAGCAUCCUUGUAGACGAUCUAGAAAAUGAUCUAGAAAACGCCAAUGUCAUUGAACAGGUCUCUGAGGAAGAGACCAAGCAGGAGGGUGAAGGAGCUGGGAUCAUCACCAGGCAGACGUUUAAAAACAUGCUGGCAAAAGAAGUCAAGAGGGAAGAAGGGGACAUUUCCCCCAGCAGUGAUCCCACAGCCACAGCUGGCCAGCCACUGCCUGAGGAAAGACUGGAAAUCUAUGUGCAGUCCAAGAUGGAUGAGCGAGAUGCACGUGUCCCCUCAGAAAGCAUUCCUUGUGAGAGAGACCCAGAGCAGUUGAAAGAGAGGGAAGGACACAGUCCCACACAGGAUGUAGAAAUGGUUGUAAGUGAGGUAGAUGCUGAGGACACCCACUAUAAAGAUGAUGCUAGCUUUUUUCCAUCUAGCUCAGCUGGAAUGUCAGGUAGUCGGAGUGAUGAUGCUGCUGGGCCACCAAAAUUGGUAGCAAGGUCUAAGAGAUUACCUUCUUCCACCUACAACCUCAGACAUGCCCAUUGUAUGGACACCUUGGAUGCCACAAAAGUUACCCCAGAAGUAAACCCAGCAGCAAAGGAAAAGGAGGCUUCUGAGAGUGCAGAGCCCCUAGAUGAGGAGGAUGUGGACAUGGUGGUAGAGGAGCAGCCCAGGUUUGUGGAAUGGUGUGCUGAGGAGGAGAAUCAGGAGCUUAUAGCCAACUUCAAUGCCCAGUACCUGAAAGUUCAGAAGGGCUGGAUUCAGUUGGAAAAAGAAACACAGCCAACAGCAAGAGCAAGGAGCAAGUCAGACAAACUGAAGGAGAUCUGGAAGAGCAAGAAGAGGUCACGGAAGUGCAGGGGUUCAUCAGAGGCUCCGAAGUUUUCUCCCAUUCAGAUGCUGUUUAUGACAAACUUCAAACUAUCUAAUAUCUGUAAGUGGUUCUUAGAGACAACAGAAACUCGGUCUCUGGUCAUUGUGAAGAAGCUUAAUACUCGUCUUCCCGGAGACAUCCCCCCUGUUAAGCACGCUCUUCAGAAGUACUCCCCUUCCACCCUGUACCCCAGUUCCCUGCAGGCCGAACGCUUGAAAAAACACUUGAAGAAGUUUCCUGGAGCCAUACCUGCUAGGAAUAAUUGGAAAACACAGAAGCUCUGGGCUAAACUGCGAGAGAAUCCUGACCAAAUGGAACCAGAGGCCAGCAGGGACACCAGCCUGGGCCCUAACUGUGAAGACAGCGUGGAAGAAGUCAAGGAAGGUAGAAGUAGCCAUCCUCCCACAAACCUGCCUACUCCAGCCAGCACCCGAAUCCUUAGAAAGUAUUCCAAUAUUCGAGGAAAGCUCAGAGCUCAGCAGCGCCUGGACAGCUCACCGGGUGUGGCUGCAGAAAGUAAGCAGGGCCGAAAGAGUGUGUGCAUCAACCCUCUGAUGUCACCGAAGCUUGCCCUUCAGGUGGGAACAGACGGGUUUCCCAUCAAUCCCAAGAGUACUGAAGGAAGCAGAAGAAGAGGGAAGAUGAUGCCUCAAACCUUGCUUAAAGUGGAAGGUCAGAACAAACGCAAGAGAGCAGAAGGCGCCCAGGACAGUAAGGACAAGGGGCGGGUGACAAAAGCCAGCAAAGAGAAGCAUAUGGAUACCCCUGCCAGAACACUUUCUGCCAAGAAGCUAGCUGCAAGGGAAAGAGUCAACCAACUGCCCAAGAGGAUGACCUUGAAAGAGAAUAAAGUAAGGAUCCGUAAAAAGGCCCCUAGGAAGAGCAGCCUUCCAUCCAGGAAAGAAAAAGAGAAUGCAAACAGAAGACCUAGCCAGCCAGUUGCUGCCUCUGAAGCACUGACAAAACCUGCAAAGCCAAAGGGGGCAGGGGAGGCCUCUUCAAGGCCCCAGAAAGCCAGAAACAGGAACCACAAACUGAGCAGUGGCAGGAACAGGGCCAGACCCUUGACAAAAAACCCAGAGAACCGGGCUGCCCAGAGAAAGAGAAAGCUCAAGGCCAAGCUGGACUCUUCCCAGGGCAAACGAAGGCGACUUGAUGCCAAGUGAUGCAUGGCCCUUGAGAGAGGAGCUGGCCUGUAGACGUAACCUUUUAUUUUGCAUUAACUAAGUCUGCUUUUAUAAGCUUAUCAAGCCUUUCAAAUUACAGUUAUGGAGAACACAGUUUUGAGAUGUCAGAAAAUGUGUCUCAGGUGGAGAAGGGAAGUUGCAGAGUCCUUCUCUGAGGCUAAGGGAAGUUAUAUAUUAUAUUCUGGUUGUUCCUUGGGUUUUAAACUUGGAACCAAGCAGUUUUCAUUUUAAAAAGUACAGUGCCUUAUUUAUCCUUUUUUGUUUUUAAAUUUACAAAAGCUAAAAAGCUGAUCUGUGUGAUUAAAGGCUUGUAUUUUAUACUUGAUGCACAAGCACUUGUACUGUAGUCGAGAAGACCACCACCACACAAGAGCGAGGAGCCGCCACCAGCCACCCUGCGCCCGCCCCAGCACAGGCACCCCUUGCAGACCGCAGCACAACUCCCCUGUCGUCUGGUUUUCUUUGAGCUAAACCAAAUCAUUUCUAUGGUAUGUGGAGAAUGCAGAGGAUUUAUAAUUAUUAUAAAAAAUUAGUAUUUCUGUUACCUUUCUAAAAAUCAUUGAUCACCCCCUUCAUCUUUUUUUUUAAUCAUUUGAGAACAUGUUCUCUAAUUUAUGUACCCAUGGGAUGAAAGAUGUCUUACGAAUGUUAAUUUUGGAUUUAUGACCUCCAGAAAUUAUUUGUUAACCCCAAACACUUAUUAACACUUGCCAUCCUCUUCAGUUUGGGGCCUGGCAAGCAGGAGUUCUAAGGAGAUUUUAUUCCUAUUUUGUUUAAAGUUCUCUAUGCUUUCAUCUUGUAGCUAUAAUUUGACCAUUAGGGUCAGAGUGAUGCUUCUUAUUCCCUUUCUUUCUCAGAGUACUUCCCUAAUCAGUGAGAGCCAAAUUGUAAUAGGAAAAUUAAUUUAAAUUGUGUACACAUGCCUUUGGGCCCAUUUGCAUGUGGUUUUCCCCUGCGGAUGUCUCCCAGCACUGGUCUCACAGUAAAACUUCUUCCCUAUGCAGCAUAUCCAUGAGUUGAGUAAUUAAUUAGCACAGGCCAGAAGGGUUGAAAGUGGUCCAGUGUCUCCAUGCACAUCCCUAAUACGACUUCCACAUCAGACUUGGAGAGGUGUGAGUAGCAGCCUUGAGAGGAGGCUAGGGCACCCAGGCAGCUGGAGGAAGCUACUCAGAAUAUCUAUGGGGCCACACCCCAAUAUACAGCUGAGUGAAAUUCAGCUGGGACACUUUCAUGUGACUGUCCUUGCCUGAAGUGGAUGUCCAUUCUGAUUGACUAGUGCCGUCCUAGUGGCUAAAUGCUUGUAGCAUCGUCCCUCCCCAUACAUGUCACUGUUACAUGGCUCAAGUGAGAACUGCAGUCAUUAUAAAUGAUGAUGUUUGCCUUUCCUGGGUGGAGCCUGAGAUGGACCCAUUGGCUUUACUCAGUGCCUGUGACAUUGCUCCUUUAUAACAGUGUGUAUUUGACAUAUCUAUUGGGCCAGUCUGCAAACCACCUGGUUGGUAAAGCCUCAGUCAGCUUGACAUGCUGACACCAAAAGGGGCUUGAAUGGACAGCUGCUGCCCUGUUCUUGUUAAAAAAUUUUCACUUAGGUUGUUUCAGAUCUCUUUAGGUAAACCCAGAUGGACUUCUUUUUUCAUGCAAAUCAGGAUAAAAUAGGCCUUCUUAUUUUGCAUAUAUAAUGGAAAUGUCUGAUAAUUGGAUAGGACUGGAGCAGUUGAAUCACAAGAAAUUGAGAACUUUGUUGAGUUUGACAGAUGAUGAAAUUGGGUGUUUUUUUUUUUGUCUCUAUCACAUGAGUGCUCAUGGGGCUUUCUCCAUCCUCCAACCUGCUCCUCUGUCCCUGAUUCUCCCUCCUCUCUUUUUUAUUGUCUUUGACCUUGACUAUUUACAAGCUACCUAUCCCCAUGAAACUGCUGAGUGUGCGCUGGCAACCCUCUCUCAGCAUUAAGUUGCACAGGAGCAUUAAUAUAUUUUGAAUAGGUUCAUUUAAUCUUAAAAUUGGUUUUAAGGUUUAAAAGAUCUUUUCAUAUAGUUGUCACUGGAUAUUGUUAUAGUGACUUAAACAGCUGAUGCUUACCAAUGUCAGGUGUGCUGAUGAUACCUGGAUGUACAAGGUGCCCUUGGCUGCUUAUAGACUGACUACCUUGUAAGGUGCUUGAAUUAGGUUAGGGAGAGGAGUAAGGUGGUAAGUUAGUAGAACUUUUCCAGUUCCAAGUUUAUAAUUCAUUCCAUUACUUUUCUAAUUGUGUU